AUGGAAUCAAGCGUGAUCAAGACUGAACCCGGCCUGAGGGACCGCGCCCACGACGACCUGCACAUGGCAGACACGCGACCGUCGUACAAGUCGUGGAAGAAGAAGUACCGGAAGAUGCGCAUCAAGUUCGACCAGCGGAUGCAGGAGAGUGAGGACCUGCACAAGCUCGAGCAGAAGGCCAUGCGCACCGCAAAGCGUCUCGCUGUCGAGAACGACCGUCUGAUGGACCUAAUGAUGGACAUCAACGACUCGCCGCAGAUCCCCUUCGAGCGACGCCUGGACCUGAACAUGGAGGACGACGAAGACGACGAGACGGACAAUUCGGAUGCUACCCAAAAGCCAACCAAGUCCCUCAAGAAGCUCAUCCAAGAAGUACCGCAUCUGUCGUACGCCGCCACUGUCGAGCAGUUCCCCGAAGUACUGGAGGACCUCGAGUCUAAGGACCCCAAGGUUCAUCCCACCUCCUUCCUGACCGCUGAUGACAUCGAUGAGUAUCUACACGAGCUUGACAUGCGGCUUGGCCUGAAACCAAAGCCCACUCUCGCGCCGACCGUCGUCGGCACCCAAGGCGCGAACCCGGCCGCCAACUUCGCCCUGCGAAACCCAACUAGUGUUUACAACUGGCUCCGGAGAAACGCCCCCAAGACGUUCCUGCAGGACCUCGAGAAGGACAAGGAGAAAGACAAGGAGAAGGAGAAGGAGAAGGACAAGGACGACCGUGACAAGCCUGAGGACGGCCGGAAGCGCAAGGGCCCCAAUGCCCGCAUGACCAAGAGGCAGUCUGCCGCCAGCCGGAAGGAGAAGGAGAAGGAGAAGGAGAGGGAGAAGGAGAGGGAGAGGGAUAGGGACGCUGCCGGAUCCAUGGAUUGGGACGAGGGUGGCGGCCACAAUGCGCCUGCGGCGGCUGCCGGCGCCAAGGGCAAGAGGAAGAGAGAUGAGGAUCCCGGCUAUCGACCCAAGGGCGGAGCAAGUCGACCUACCAAGAAGCGGAAGAGUAAAGGGGAGGCAUCAGCGCCUUCGAGGUCGUCUGCAAAGUCGCGGCGGUCGAUACCCUGA